CGUCCGUCAGCAGUGACGAGGUCCGCGACGUAAAUCUCAGCGCGGCGGGAUAAAUUAAGAAGAAAACACGGAGGAGGAAAGCAUUGAUUACAAAUGUCUUAAUAAUGAGCAAAUUUGGCAGGAAAAAAUAUAUUAAGACACACCUAAGACAAAUGACCAUGGAAACAGUUGAAUCCCAGCAGGAUGGAAGUGUAACAAAUUCUGUGGCAGAGAGUGAAUCUGCUCAUAUGCAGACUCAGACUGGUCAAGAUUCAAUUCCUACUUUAGCUCAGGUUUCUGUAGCUGGAUCAGGCACCGGAAGAGGCUCCCCCGCUGUAACUCUAGUGCAGUUACCUUCGGGCCAUACUGUACAAGUCCCGGGAGUCCUUCAGACACCACAGCCAUCGGUUAUUCAGUCACCACCAAUACAGACUGUUCAGGUAGCAACAAUUGCAGAGACAGAUGAAUCUGCAGAAUCAGAAGGUGUAAUUGAUUCUCAUAAACGUAGAGAAAUCCUUUCACGAAGACCCUCUUAUAGAAAAAUACUGAAUGAACUUUCCUCUGAUGUGCCUGGUGUUCCCAAGAUUGAAGAAGAAAAACCAGAGGAAGAAGGCCCACCACCUAACAUUGCUACCAUGGCCGUGCCCACCAGCAUAUAUCAGACUAGCACGGGGCAAUACAGUAUGUAUGCUGCAGUAUGAUACAACGUAGUUCUAGCUUUAGCGCCUCCGUACCAGUGAAGCACCCCAAGCCGUGGCAUGAAAUCAGGCCACUCAGAGCCUACCGUAAACUGCAUAUUGCUGAAUGAAAAGUGUGCAUUACACAAGUAAGGGAUUUGUAUUAGCACCUGCGCUACACCACUUAAAAGUACACAUUCCUUUUCUUUUUUUUGUAAAGAUCAUUUUAUUGGGGUCUCUUCGACCAAAAUGUACACAUUUCUUAUUACUGGAUGUAGAAAAAACUUGCGGAGUGAAAGUCAGACAAGGCACAGUUCUUCCUAUUUAGAUGUGUGUUUUCAUCUUUCAGGAGAAUGAAAAACUUAGUGUUUGUGAUCUAAAUGGCGCACGUGAACACUGUAAGAUUAAAAAUGUCUGUAUUGCAUUCUCAUUGGCUCUUGUUCCCAGCAAUUGCACAUGAUGCUUUCUAAUCUCAAGGUGAUUUGUGUUUUUAAGUUAUGUUUUAAAUAUGAUCUUGUUUCCAUUACCCUCUGCUGUAUUAAUUUGUGCUGUUGUUUUUCUUGAAAGAGAAUGAAAGAAAUGGUGUAUCUUUUUAAAAAUUUAGUCAUUGAAUGGAUCAUUUUGGUUGAAAUCUUAAGCACUG